AUGGACACCGCAUCAAAGACUGGAGACGGUGUGUCUCAGCUUGAGCAUCGCAACACCGAGGACGUCGAACAGCUCAAGCAUCAGGGCCAAAACAUUGCCAAGGGUGCCGACCGCGCGGCGAACCUUAUUGGUGAUCAACAAAUCGAGGUCACAGAGGAAGAUAACAAACGCAUCCGCCGAAAGACCGAUAAGCGAAUCCUCUCGAUCCUCAUCUGGGUCUACUUCCUCCAGAUCCUCGACAAGUCCGUCCUCGGAUACGGCGCCAUCCAUGGCCUCAGAACCGACUGCAACUUGACCGGAAAUGAAUACUCCAUGGUCAGCUCCAUCGCUGCCAUCGCUCAGCUCGCAUGGCAGCCUUUCUCCUCUUGGCUUAUUGUCAAGGUGCCACACCGCAUCCUGAUGCCCUCCUUGGUCUUGGGUUGGGGUAUCGCGCAGGUGUGCAUGGCUGCAUGCCACAACUACGCAGGUCUCUUGGCGACCCGCUUCCUGCUGGGCUUGUUCGAGGCCGGCUGCCUUCCUCUUUUCUCUGUCAUCACUUCGCAGUGGUACCGUCGCGCUGAGCAGCCCAUGCGUGUGGCAUGCUGGUACGGCACCAACGGUCUUGCAACUAUGUUUGCCGCCUCUGUCUCGUACGGCUUGGGUCAGAUCAACGGGUCCAUCCACUCGUGGCAGAUUCUCUUCAUCUUUGUCGGUCUCAUCACCGUCCUCACCGCCCCCGUCGUCUGGUACUUCCUCGAUAGCGAUAUUCCCUCUGCCCGAUUCCUUACCGAGCACGAGAAGCUGCAGGCCAUCGAGCGUCUUCGCGCCAACCAGACCGGCACGGGAGGGAACGAGUUCAAGUGGAGCCAAGUCUGGGAGGCCCUCUACGAGCCCAAGAGCUGGCUGUUCGUUGGUAUGGCCGUGUGCCUCAAUGUCACCGCAGCUGUGACAAACACUUUCGGCCCCAUUGUCAUUUCUGGCUUCGGCUUCGACAGCAUGAAGAGCUCCCUGCUCAACAUCCCCUUUGGUUUCGUGCAGCUUAUUGUCAUCUUCCCGGCUUCCUACCUCGCCCACCGAUUCCGCAUUAAGUCAGCCUUCCUCGCGGCCGUCCUCGCCCCUGUCCUUACUGGCGCGGUCAUGCUCUAUGUUCUUCCUAGGAACAGCAUUCCCCCUCUCCUCGCCGCGUACUACAUGCUUGCCUUCCUCUUCGGCGGCAACCCCCUCAUCGUCUCUUGGAUGAUCUCAAACAUUGCGGGUACCACCAAGAAGUCCGUCAUCAUGUCCCUGUACAAUGCUGGAUCUUCCGCCGGCAACAUCAUCGGCCCCCUUCUCUUCAACUCCAAGGAUGCGCCCGAGUACAAGCCUGGUCUCACCAAAGUCAUGGGUAUCACCUGUGCCUUGCUCGCCGUCAUUGGAAUGCAGGUCAUCAACCUCUUCGUCUCCAAUAAGAUGCAGGAGCGCAAGAGAGUGGCGAACGGCAAGCCGAGAAAGAUCAAGGAUCUCAGCAUGGAGCACCACUACGUUAGCGCACAGAAUGAUGAGGCUGGUGCUCAGUUGGGAGAUAACGCAUUCAUGGAUCUGACUGAUCGCCAGAAUGAUGAAUUUGUGUACGUCUAUUAA